AGCUGUCUGCAGCCGCGCUGAGAGGACCAGCCAUUUUACUUAUGGAAAGCAGUGUGGCAUAGAGCUUCGCUGUGGAAGAAGCAUUUAAAAAACAGAAAAAUUUUUGGAGAGCCACAGUGGGCAUGCUUGUGCACAGUUAUUGCAGCCACGUGUGCCCGCAAGCUGGCCCUGAGACAAGCUGUUGACUGGUGUUGCAAUUAGCUGAUUGGAGAACGGGGACUGCGGGGUGAUAAUGCUGCGUAUCCGCUCGCGGGCAGCAGAAAAGGGUUUUGUCUCGGGAAGGCAAGCCUGCCCUGCAGGGUUAUCUCUGCAGCUCCCCAGCUGAGAGAACCGGGGGUUCUAAAGGGAGGAGGUCGCCCUCUGCUAGCACGGGUUCUGUGCCAGGCUGUUGCUUAUGAGCUGCAGGUCUGGGAAAGCAGGUGUGUGUUCGGAUGGGCACUGGGCUGGAAAGCAGGCGGACGCUCUAGUGUUCACCUGCUUCCUGUUAACAGACUGUUGGCUCACAGAGCAUCUGCUCCUACACGCUGAAGCUGCGGCUGAGAAAGGGGUUCCGGGCAUCCCACUUGACUGACGGAGACGCUUGGAUUGGACUUAAUCUUAAACCUCUGGAGGUCAAGACCUUUUAAAAAGGGCUAAAUAAACAGUCUCUACAUGUAAAAGGCCAGCGACUCCUACUUCCUCUGUUGGAGCAACUGAAAAGUUCAACCUCUUCAAGGAAAACUGAAGACGUUAAUAACAAACCCUUCAAGGUGAAAAUGAAUACAGAUAGCGGUGGGUGUGCUCGCAAACGUGCCGCCAUGUCUGUUACGUUAACAUCUGUGAAGAGAGUUCAAAGUUCUCCAAACCUAUUGGCUGCAGGGCGUGAGUCUCAGUCUCCAGAUUCAGCAAAAGGUUUUAGAAGCGUUCGGCCAAACCUGCAAGACAAAAAAUCACCAACCCAGGCACCCCCUCCACCAGCCAGAAAGGAGAGCUUUGACAGUCAGUCCUUGAUAAACAAUCAGUCAAAGGGUGACAUUUUAAACUCGUCAGUAACUAACAUACAAACGCCACCUUGUACAGAGGACUUUACUAACCUUAAACCUCUCCAAGGAACUAUGCAUUCUAGUGAAGAUUCUAACCAGACACUAGUGUACUCUGAGGAGUCCAGCACAACUGUGUCGUACACCCAGAAAAUCACUAACCCACUAGCAGCAGCCUCCAGCUCCAGUCCUGCCCAGUUUGGAGACAUCAACGCCCCAUUUAUACAAGAAGACUAUACACAAGAUUCUCAGACUCGAAGAAUUUCUACCUUGAAACUAACCCCUAACCAGGACCUAGGAAGUAGUUUCCCCUUCAAUACACCACAGUUUCCACAACCCACUGAUGUCCCAUCAUUUCUGAAAAGGUCUUGCUCACCGAUCCCAAACCCAGACGCACACACAGCAUCCCUUUCCAUUCAGAUACAUGAUCUUGAAAGCCACAAACAGCUCCCCGAGGUUCCUCCAGAGACAGCAGAGAUGCCUCUUCCGCAAGACAGACAGACGUCUUCAGAUGCCAUGACCUGUCAGUCCCCAGCGAGCCAGAUCACUAUCAAUGGUAACUCUGGUGGCGCCGUGAGUCCAGUGAGUUACUAUCAGAGGCCAUUCUCCCCUUCUGCAUACUCCCUCCCAGCCUCACUGAACUCCAGCAUUAUCAUGCAGCAUGGCAGGUCGCUUGAUUCUGCAGAGACGUAUUCCCAGCAUGCCCAGUCUCUGGAUGGCACAAUGGGAAGCUCCAUCCCGCUCUAUAGAUCCUCCGAGGAAGAGAAGAGGGUCACGGUCAUCAAAGCCCCGCAUUACCCAGGGAUCGGCCCUGUGGAUGAGUCUGGAAUCCCCACAGCCAUUAGGACGACCGUCGACCGGCCGAAGGACUGGUACAAGACAAUGUUCAAGCAAAUCCACAUGGUACACAAGCCGGAUGAGGACACAGACAUGUAUAAUACUCCUUACACAUACAACGCAGGUCUGUACAACUCACCCUACAGUGCUCAGUCCCACCCGGCUGCGAAGACUCAGACCUACAGACCUCUUUCCAAAAGCCACUCAGACAAUGGCACGGAUGCGUUUAAGGAGACACCCUCCCCAGUGACUCCUCCACACGUUCCACCACGACCUAGAGAUCAGGGUUCAACACUAAAGCAUGACUGGGACCCUCCAGACAGAAAAGUGGACACCAGGAAAUUUCGAUCGGAGCCAAGGAGUAUUUUUGAAUAUGAGCCUGGGAAGUCGUCCAUUCUGCAGCACGAAAGACCCCCCCCUCUCCCAACAACUCCGACACCUGUUCCCAGGGAACCCAGCCGGAAGCCUCUCUCAGUGUCACCCUCAACAGAUGGCCUGCGUAGCCCUUCCCCUCCGCCCAGGAGCUGUGUCCCCGCACCCCGUCCGAGUGCCCCAGAUCUCUCUCCCACCCGGACGGGUCGCAUAAAUCCAGCUGACAUAGAUUUAGAAAAUGAGCCCUGGUAUAAAUUCUUUUCAGAACUGGAGUUUGGACGUCCGCCUCCUAAAAAGGCUCUGGAUUAUGUUCAAGAUCAUUCUUCCGGUGUGUCCAAUGAGGUCUCCAUCUAUCAGUCCUCCAUGGACAGAAGCCUGGAGAGACCCAGCAGCUCUGCAAGCAUGGCUGGUGACUUUAGGAAACGGAGGAAGAGCGAACCUGCCGUGGGCCCACCCCGGGGCUUGGGGGAUCAGAGUUCGAGCAGGACCAGCCCUGGCCGGGCAGACCUCCCAGGAUCAAGUUCCACCUUUACGAAGUCUUUCAUUAGCUCUUCUCCUUCCUCUCCCUCGAGAGCACAAGGUGGGGAUGAUAGCAAAAUGUGUCCGCCCCUUUGCAGUUACUCGGGGCUCAAUGGCACCCCUUCUAGUGAGUUAGAGUGCUGCAAUGCUUACAGACGGCAUUUGGAUGUCCCCAUCCCUGGGGACUCGCAAAGGGCCAUCACUUUCAAGAAUGGCUGGCAAAUGGCCCGGCAAAAUGCAGAGAUCUGGAGUAGCACCGAAGAGGCCGUUUCCCCCAAAAUCAAAUCGCGUAGCUGUGAUGAUCUCCUGAAUGACGACUGCGACAGCUUCCCAGACCCUAAAACCAAGUCAGAGAGUAUGGGUUCUCUGUUAUGUGAAGAAGACUCCAAAGAGAGCUGCCCCAUGACGUGGGCAUCCCCCUACAUCCAAGAAGUGUGUGGGAACAGCAGAUCUAGGCUCAAACACAGGUCAGCCCAUAAUGCCCCAGGCUUCCUCAAAAUGUACAAGAAAAUGCAUCGCAUCAACCGCAAGGACUUGAUGAACUCAGAGGUCAUUUGCUCGGUGAAAUCCAGGAUCCUGCAGUACGAGAAGGAGCAACAGCACAGGGGGCUGCUGCAAGGAUGGAGCCAGUCUUCCACCGAGGAGGUGCCCAGGGACGUGGUACCCACUCGCAUUUCGGAGUUUGAAAAGCUGAUUCAGAAGUCGAAGUCUAUGCCCAAUCUAGGAGAUGAAAUGUUAUCGCCUAUAACCCUAGAACUCCCACAAAAUGGUUUGUGUCCCAAGAGGCGUUUUUCUAUCGAGUCUCUGCUGGAGGAAGAAACUCAGGUUCGACACCCUUCUCAGGGUCAGCGAAGCUGCAAGUCUAACACCCUGGUGCCUAUCCACAUCGAGGUCACCAGUGACGAGCAACCUAGAACACACAUGGAGUUUUCCGACAGUGACCAAGAUGGGGUUGUGUCCGACCACAGUGACUACGUGCAUGUCGAAGGGUCAUCCUUUUGUAGUGAAAGUGACUUCGACCACUUUUCAUUCACAUCCUCUGAAAGCUUCUACGGAUCCAGCCAUCACCACCACCAUCACCACCACCAUCACCGACACCUCAUCAGCUCCUGCAAAGGCCGAUGCCCGGCUUCUUACACUCGAUUUACCACAAUGCUAAAACACGAAAGAGCUAAGCAUGAAAACAUAGACCGACCCAGAAGGCAAGAAAUGGAUCCUGGCCUGUCUAAGCUUGCAUUUCUAGUCAGCCCUGUGCCUUUCCGAAGGAAAAGAAUCCUGACUCCCAAAAAACAGACUGAACAGGCAAAAUGCAAAGCCUCAGUAGUUGAGGCUCUGGACUCCGCCCUUAAAGACAUUUGCGACCAAAUAAAAGCUGAAAAGCGGAGGGGAAGCUUGCCAGACAACAGCAUCUUGCACAGGCUUAUCAGUGAACUGCUCCCACAGAUUCCUGAAAGGAAUUCAUCUCUUCAUGCUCUCAAAAGGAGCCCCAUGCACCAGCCUUUCCACCCACUGCCUCCAGAUGGUGCUAGUCAUUGUCCCCUGUACCAAAAUGAUUGUGGGAGAAUUCCUCACAGUGCUUCUUUCCCUGACGUGGACACAACCAGCAACUACCACGCACAGGACUAUGGGAGUGCACUGAGCCUCCAAGAUCACGAGUCCCCUAGAAGUUACUCAUCUACUUUGACUGACUUGGGAAGAAGUGUAUCACGGGAACGAAGAGGAACUCCAGAAAAAGAGAAAUUGCCUGCAAAAGCCGUCUAUGAUUUCAAAGCUCAGACAUCUAAGGAGCUGUCGUUUAAGAAAGGGGACACUGUCUACAUCCUCAGGAAAAUUGACCAAAACUGGUAUGAGGGGGAACACCACGGCAGAGUGGGCAUUUUCCCAAUCUCAUACGUAGAGAAACUAACACCCCCGGAAAAAGCGCAGCCCGCAAGACCACCACCCCCAGUCCAGCCUGGAGAGAUUGGAGAAGCCAUAGCCAAGUACAACUUCAAUGCAGACACAAAUGUGGAACUCUCCCUGCGAAAGGGUGACAGGAUUAUUCUUCUUAAAAGAGUUGAUCAAAACUGGUACGAAGGUAAAAUCCUAGGAACCAACAGACAAGGCAUUUUCCCUGUUUCCUACGUCGAGGUUGUCAAGAGGAACACAAAAGGUGCUGACGAUUACCCCGAACCUCCUCUGCCACACAGCUACUCCAGUGACAGAAUUUACAGCCUAAGCUCCAAUAAGUUGGCUUCCAGUGAACACGCCUGUCUUCCCAUGUACAAUGCUAUGCCUGGCCCAGAGGAAAGAGCCAUCCGGGGACCUGCCCAAGGGUGGCUAUCCCUGACAGACUGGUGUCCCCCAGCGAACCCAUUGGUUCCAACACCGUCAUCUUUCCUCGACAACUUCUUGAUUGAAUUAGAGAAGUUCAGUGCUUUAACUUUACCAUCUGACCAGGCCAAACCAAACAUUCUAAACCAAGUCAUCCUUGAAAUUAAGGAGGAGCCCUCUCCUCUCCCCCUCUCACUGCCUCCAGCCUCUGUGCCAGUCAAAUCACCUCGCUGUCUGUCACCUUCUCCCCACUCAAGUACUGCUUCAACCGAGGCCCAGACUACCAACACAGUGUCUCUUCGGGAUCACACAAAAGAUACUCAAAGCAAAUUGGUAGAUUUGAAUAAAAAGAGAAGAGGUUUUGCAGACCCUACCAAGAUCCUUGAAGCCCUAGGUGAUAAAUUCAUGGCCUCUGCAUGCACCAACCUGGGUGCCUUGCCAGUAACUCUUCCUGUCAUUGGAGAGGAAGAUGAGGACAGCUAUGAGGGGCUUGCAUACCAAAGAUGGCUGCCAGGAUCUCAAGAACAAGAUGUCACGUGGUAUGACCCCAGCAGUACAGAGGUGACACCACAACUGCACAUCAAGGAGGAAGAAGAGGAGGAGGAGGAGAACCGAGACUGCUUAACAUAUUCACUAGGCAUUCACUCACAUCCUAGGAGCCCCAAGGAAGACAUCAGUGCAGCCAAAACCAGUAAUGAGCCACCUCCAUUUGCUUCGGGAGAUCGAGCUGCUACGCCUGUCCCCAGCUGUCUGUUCCCUUCCCCUCCAAUCCCUUCUCCUCUGGCCUCUGUCUCUGACCUGGCCUGUGAGCUUUUUCAACCAACCCAGCCCUCCUCACCUCCUCUCCUCCCCAAAUACCCUUAUCAACAGGAGACACAGUCACCAAAAUCAGAGCCACAGCGUCCUGUGUUCUCUCAUGAAAACAUUCAAGGUGGGGGAGAACCGUUUCAGGCUCUGUAUAACUAUACUCCUAGGAAUGAAGAUGAGCUGGAACUCAGGGAAAGUGAUGUCGUUGAUGUCAUGGAAAAGUGUGAUGACGGAUGGUUUGUGGGAACUUCAAGAAGAACCAAAUUCUUUGGUACUUUUCCCGGAAACUAUGUCAAAAGGCUGUGACUCACCUCACUCCUAUUUUACGCCACAUUUCAGCCACACAUCUGCAUUAACCCACCUGAAACAUCCCAGCAGGCCCCUUGCUGCCAUGCCUUAUGGUUCCCAAUCGGCCAUUACCAUCUCCACCUGCCGCCAGCCACCAAAUCACCAGCAGAAGGGACUGCCGCUGGGAGCCUUAGGGGGCUGAGAGCCUUAGAGAUACGUGGCAAGCUCACACCCACAUAAAUAUGCAGUUUCCUGCUUGCUGCCCUGAACUUGGAAAUGCCUGUGUAUGGAAUCAGAAUGAACAUGAUCGUACUUUUAAAAAGUGAAAUAAGGAAGAAAGAAAGAGGAAAAAAAGAGA